UUGGUCUGUUACUGUUAGUCGUGCUUCGCUCGACUAAGUCAAGACGCCCCUUUAUUCAAUUUCUGAAAGUGACCGACUUUCCAUUUUCCUCUUCUUUCUGCCCCCUUUCCUCUCGCGCCUCGAUCUCAUACCAACAAUCACUUGUAUCGUAGACGACUCUUGAAUAUCUUGUCUAGUUGAUAAAUCGAUCGAUCGGGCGCGUUUAUCAUUCUCGGGUGUCUUUGAGGGGUUCGGGGGACAUGGCGAAUUUGUACGGAGGGGAUUUAACCAACAAAAUUGAUUAUGUGUUCAAAAUCGUGCUGAUCGGCGACUCGGCGGUGGGAAAAUCGCAGCUCCUGGCGCGAUUCUCGCGGAAUGAGUUCAGUCUGGACUCCAAGGCCACUAUCGGAGUUGAGUUCCAGACGCGGACGGUUGAGAUUGAUCAGAAGACUAUCAAGGCGCAGAUUUGGGACACCGCCGGCCAGGAGAGGUACAGAGCAGUGACCAGCGCAUACUACCGAGGGGCAGUUGGCGCCAUGCUUGUGUACGACGUCACCAAGCAACAGACUUUCGAACAUGUCGCCAGGUGGCUUGACGAACUCCGAGGCCAUGCGGAUAAGAACAUUGUCAUCAUGCUCGUUGGCAACAAAACCGACCUUGAAACCCUUCGAAAAGUAUCGACUGAAGAAGCCAAGGAUUUCGCGCAGGGGGAGAACCUUUUCUUCAUGGAAACAUCCGCACUCGAGUCGACAAAUGUCGAGCCUGCCUUUCUGACUGUGCUGACCGAGAUUUAUCGAGUGGUGAGCAAAAAGGCACUUGUUGCGAACGAAGCAGAAUCUGGAGGGAGUGAGUCUCUACUCAAGGGGACGAAGAUUGUUGUUCCCGGACAACAGCCCGUGAUUGCCAAUAACAAAUUCGGCUGUUGUGGGUCGAUAUAGUCAGGGAGCUUUUGUGAGCCUUUACAGGAUGUGAUUCUUGGAUUUUGGAUCUCAGAAUCAUUUUUUCCCUUGAAUGAAAUAAUUUUUGAUUAAUUGCUAGGCUUCCCUGCUGAAAGUGUACACGAACAAUUCUCACAGAGAAAAUUAUUCACGCUGACUGCAUUUAUACGUGUUUUACAGUGCAGAAACAAUUAUUAUCAAUGAAGCAACUUAUCUUUAUAAAAUUUCAGAUUUUCCGCGAUAUAAA